AUGUCUACUUUAGAGGAUCUCGAUGAUCUUGAACGGGAGAACCAGGACAAGAAGGGCGAUGGCGACAAGGACCAGGACAAAAAGCCGGAUCAGAAUCAAAAUGGCGACGCUGAAAUGAAAGAUGCAGAGCCAGCAGAGAAGGAAGAGGACCCCAUAGAUGAGGAGAUCUACAGCUUGAGCACACAAGAUAUUCUUACGCGGAGAAGGCUCCUAGAGAACGACUCACGGAUCAUGAAGAGCGAGUUUCAGCGUUUAUCGCAUGAGAAGUCUACGAUGGGCGAGAAGAUCAAGGACAACCUCGAUAAGAUUGAGAACAACAGGCAGUUGCCGUAUCUCGUUGGCAAUGUCGUCGAGCUUCUUGAUCUCGACCCAACCGCCGAAUCCCAGGAAGAGGGUGCCAACAUAGAUUUAGAUGCCACGCGAGUGGGGAAAUCCGCUGUAAUCAAGACCUCAACCAGACAAACUAUCUUCCUCCCUCUUAUUGGUCUCGUCGACCCCGAACAACUGAAACCUGGAGAUCUGAUUGGAGUCAACAAGGAUUCAUAUCUGGUAUUGGACACGUUACCUGCUGAAUAUGAUAGCAGAGUGAAGGCUAUGGAGGUUGAUGAGAAGCCAACGGAGAAGUACACUGAUGUGGGAGGAUUGGAUAAACAGAUUGAAGAGCUGGUGGAGGCAAUAGUCUGGCCUAUGAAAGAAGCAGAACGCUUCAAGAAGAUCGGGAUCAAGGCACCGAAAGGUGCACUGAUGUAUGGACCUCCUGGUACUGGCAAGACCCUACUUGCACGAGCCUGCGCUGCCCAAACCGAUGCGACUUUCCUCAAGCUGGCUGGUCCCCAAUUAGUACAGAUGUUUAUCGGUGAUGGCGCUAAGUUGGUCCGCGACUGUUUUGCAUUGGCCAAGGAAAAAGCACCUGCGAUUAUCUUCAUCGACGAGUUGGAUGCUGUGGGUACCAAGCGUUUCGACAGCGAGAAGAGUGGCGACAGAGAAGUCCAAAGAACUAUGUUGGAGCUGCUCAACCAGCUUGAUGGUUUUGCUUCUGAUGACCGUAUCAAGGUUCUUGCGGCUACUAACAGAGUCGACGUUCUUGAUCCCGCUUUGCUACGCUCUGGCCGUCUCGACAGGAAAAUUGAAUUCCCUCUACCAAACGAAGAAGCCCGAGCUCAAAUCCUGAAGAUCCACAGCAGGAAAAUGACAGUUGAUGAUGCGGUCAACUGGCCUGAGCUAGCACGGAGUACGGAUGAGUUCGGCGGUGCUCAGCUCAAGGCUGUUUGUGUGGAGGCGGGCAUGAUUGCUCUAAGAAUGGGGAAGAAUAAGAUCAGUCACGAGCAUUAUGUGGAUGCGAUUGCAGAGGUGCAAGCUAAGAAAAAAGAUACUGUCAAUUUCUACGCAUAG